AUGUUGUUAAAAGGGGGAGGGGGAAGUACACUCAACCCCCCGCGCACACACUGCUGAUGUCAGACUCCAGUCAUGUCGACCCUCAUCAGGAUGAACGAUACCAUCAUGUUCAUGGCGUUUCUUCACAGCCCUCACUGAUGAUGGAUCUGUUCAGCAGAGGAGAGCUGGGGCUGCUGGGAGGAGGAGAGGGCCUCAGAGAUGAUGUGGUUGCGCAUGGCAUCCACUGGUCACCCAGUCGUCUGCCAGAAGACAUAUAUCCGCCGUCUGGAUUGGCCCUGGCUGCUGCCUACCAUGACAUCAAAGUGCGACUAGCCACUCUGGAGAGGGAGAACAGUAGCAUUAAAAGGAAACUCGAACACUACGAAGUCAAGUUCCCUAUGAUUACUGAGUUUGGAGAGGAGACAAUACUGUGUUGUUCCUGUGAGCCCAUCAUCAAAGACACCAGCACUAUCCAGUCACAGACCACUAACCUACAACAAAGGAUCAACUCCCUCACUCAGGAGCUCCAAAAGAGCAAAGAGAGAGAAGAGAGACUGGAAGAAGUCAUCCAAGCUUACGAGAAGAUUCACCUGGAGAAAAGCAAUGUCCAGAGAGACUUAGACAAAAUGACAACUCUAGUGGAGCAGCACGUGGACAGGAUCCGCAUCCUCGAAUCAGCUCUCAGGCAGAGAGAUAGUUCCCUGCAGAAACUCAGCACUGAGCUGCACAGCAAAGACUUACAUAAGUCUCAACUCCAUGCCAGUCUAGACAUACUGAGAGAUGGUUCAGGGCCGACACUGCAGAGCUCCUGCAGUCUGGAUGCCCUUUUGGACCUGAAGGUGCAGCAGCUGGAGGCUGAGCUGGAGGGUGCGCAGAACCAGGCUGAGGGGGCUUUUCAGAGAGAGAAGGCAAUGAGGGCUGAGGUCCAGAGGCUGCAGCACGAGGUAGCAAAGCUGCGGGAAGCACAAAGACAGCCACAGGACCUGUCUUCUCACUGUGAACACUGUGACGUAGAAUGGAUAAAGAAAGCUGGCGAUGAACAGGUUAACCUGGCAUUAGCUUACACGGAGCUCACAGAGGAGCUGGGUCAUGUUCGCUGUCUGGCUGCAAAGCAGAGUGACCUUCUGCAGCAUGUCUCACAGGAGCCUGCUCCUCAGCAUCUCUCCCCAACCUCUUCCCAGCGUGCCUCACACUCCCCUGACAGACUCCUCCCCACUCCCCUAUCGCCUAUGUCCUCAACUGAAGGGCCCACCUCCUAUUCCCAUCAGCAGACUAGCAGCCGCCUACGAGCUAAGUUCCAGGGUCGCCGAAGUUACUCAGAGGUAUCUGACACAUCAGUCAACCAAAAGCCCCCAGUUCACCUGUUAAGGGACCCAGUAUCUACGCUUCCCAAACCCAGGCACGUCCAUGGGGACAUGCAGGCUUACAGCCAAACCAAAAGUCAGCUCUGUACCUCACUCGUGGGUUUGGUCAGACCAGCAUCAGCUCACGGAGCUGGAGUGGAGAGAGGAGGAGGAAGGGGCAUAGAAAGGUGUGCUGACAGCGGCCUGAGCAACAGUCCUCGUCACUGUGUUCUUGACCUGGACUUUCCUGUGGCUGCUGAGGUUCACCACUUCUGUCACACUGACGAACCAACUGAGCCCACGCCACUGGUAACACCACCUCAAUCUUCAGAUGAUGAAGAGGACGUAUGUACAUAUCCAUUGCCUGCUGCCAGCCUGCCUCAUACUCUUGGUGCUGUUGGGACUGGUUCAUCGUCACCUAGGGAACAGCCCCUUCACUCCUCUUUCCAGUCUCCAAGGAAACAGCCCCACCAUCCCUCUUUCUCAGCCCUGGAGGGCCCUACCAUGCUCUCAUGCCAUCUGCCUCCCUACGUGAACACUGAGCAUGCUCAGUCAUGGCCAUCUAUUAAUUUAUGGAUGGAAUCGGAAGAGAAUGCUGCUCGGAGCUGCCCUCUGUGCCAGCUGACCUUCCCGACCAGUUACCCUGAUGAUGCCCUCAUCAAACACAUUGACUCUCACUUGGAGAACAGCAAGAUCUGACCUUUCAUUUCUAUUUAAAAAAUAAUUGUAAGCUCACUUUUCACCAGAGAUGGGCAUAAAGGUUAUUUUUGAUUGAUUCUUGGUUUGAUCCAGGAACGGUUUGAGUAGCCUGCAUGAGUCUUUUGCAUCGCUCCAACCUUUGUAUGGCCAUUACCCAUCUCACUGAAGUGGAUAGUCCAAUCUGAUUGUGAGAUCAAAGCAUUCACAGCCCACAAUUUCCUUUUCAGUAAACACACAUGGAUUGCAUAUUAUUUUUCAUCAAGCACUAUAGGUUUUCUUUCAUUCAGAACCAAACUAUCAUUUGUACAUUUAAGAAAUGAUAUAUGUUAUAGUGGGAACCACUGCAGCUGGCACUCUUUUUGCAGUGCCGCAUGUGCUGGUCUGAAAGCAGUCCUGGAAACAGAAGACAAUUCAAUGUUGUAGAGGAUCAAGUUGGCAGUUUGAAAAUAUACAAACCUUCCUGAGGUCUGAUCUGGGUAUGAAGAGCACACUUGAUGUGCAAAUUUAGACCCGUAGAACCAUGGUAGCCGCAUUAACCCUUUAACAUUCUCUGUAAGAAAAUAACAAUAGAACUAUUAUUUCUUAGCACUUUUUAUUUACCAUGGGCAAUAAUAACAUUAAUCAGUAAUUUGUUUUUAAAUAAAUCUUGCAUGUUUUAAUAUUGGCUUAAAACACACUUAAAAAUACAAAUAAAUACAGAUUUUUUUAUUAAAUAAUUCAGGCUUGUCAUUUUAGCUCUAUUUUAUUUUAUUUUAUUUUAUUAAUUUUUUUAAACUAAAAAUGUGAUUCCAAACCAUGUAAUGAUAUACUGCUAGAAACACGUUUACCAGUGAGUUUGUUACCAUGGGACGAACCAUUCAUCCAUCCAUUCACCCACCUACCCACCUAUCUGGAGCCGGGUCGUGGGGGCAGCAGCCCAAGCAGAGAAGCCCAGACCUCCCUCUCCCCGGCCACCUCCUCCAGCUUGUCCGGUUCAACACUAAGGCAUUCCCAGGUCAGCCGAGAGAUAUAAUCUCUCCAGCGUGUCCUGGGCCUCUUCGUGGUGGGACUUGCCUGGAACACCUCAUCCAGGAGGGGCCCAGGAGGCAUCCUUGUCAGAUGCCUGAACCACCUCAACUGGCUCCUUUCAAUGUGGAGGAGCCCCUCCGGGAUGGCCAAACUUCUCACCCUAUCUCUAAGGGAGAGGCCAGCCACCCUUCAGAGGAAGCUCAUUUCUGCCACUUGUAUCCACGAUCUCAUUCUUUCGGUCACUGCCACAGCUCGUGACAAUUGGUGAGGGUAGGGACGUAGAUCGACUGUGAAAGUGAGAGCUUUGCUUUCACACUCAGCUCUCUCUUCACCACAACAGAUCGGUACAGCGUCCGCAUCACUGCAGCCGCUGCACCAAUCCAUCUGACCAUGGGAUUAGUAUUAACUAAACUGUCAUGAUUUUUACUUGAUUUGUUUGAUUUUUUUUAACAAACUUAGGAUACUUAAUUACUUAAAAAUAAUGUUGAUGACAUUAUUAUUAUUAAUAUUACUGUUAUUAUUAUUAUAUCCUUGAAAAAAGUAGCCUCAUAUACCAUGUAUUUAUUUGUCCUAAGAUAAUUUUUUUUUUUUAACUUUCAUGAAGGAAGUUUAAGUUUUUAAACUUCCAAUUUAAAAAAAAAAAUUUCAAGCUCUACCAGCUGCUUGGUAGAACUUGAAAAAGUUGUUGUUUUUUUCUAUCAAGUUAGAUAAGACCUAAAAAAAGAAAAAAGUCAACUUAAGUGUCAUGCCUGGACUGAACAACAACGUCCGUGUCGGAAAAGAAAGGCCCAAAACUGUAGCCUGUCAGUUGAAGCUUCAAAUUGAGGUGUCUAAAAAGCAAUGGGUGGCUACAUCCGCAUUUUAUAUGAAGUUUUAUAUGAAGAGUAUGCCCCUGGAUAUUCAGAUAACACAAAUGUCCCUUAAAUGGGGACUGGAGGCUGUCUCCAAAGGCGAGUCAAUGUCCAUAGAUGGCAUGUUUAAAUGUCCAUAUCAAGCAAAUAAAUGUAUAUGACACUGUACAAACGUUUUGGUCUCUGUAGCUUAUUUCCCCUUCAUAACAACU